AUGGCUCACAGUCACGCUUCCUGGGCCUUCGAUGGCCCUGCCGAGGCUCCGCCAUCGCCGCGGACAAUGCGCACGCUGCGGAAGAUCCGAUCGCAUCAAGUCCUGACGACCUCGAGCGCCCUCAUUGCACAAACCCAAUCCUCUCAGUCUUCGGGGACCCGCGACAGUGAGGAUGGAACAGCUAUAGCACUUGGCAAUGCUACUGUGCGAACACCCGCGCAUCGUCGAGCGCGAUCUAAUAGUGAUGCAGCUGCUCGCAUGGCGGCUCUGACCGCACCCGCUCCAACACGACGCCCUCCACGGAAAACUGGGUCAGGGAUAGGGAUCAAGAAAUCGCCUUUGGAAACAUUUCUACGCGAUGGGCCGCAGAACGGGCAAGGCCGGGAAGGGCUACAGGAACUGAAGCUACUUGUUCUAUCAUGCAGAGUAGACGCGGAUGGAGAUGGCAUGGUAAGAUACUUGCUGAUUGCAGUAAUGCUUGUCUAA